UCAAUCUCUAUCAUUUUUAGUUUUCAGAAGUGCAUUUACAGAACGCUAUUUCCUAUAUUUCUAAACUUCUGAUGUAUUUAAAACAAAAACUUUUGGUUUAAUAUUUUAAUGCAGUAUAAUGUUUUAUAAGUGGGCUUACAGAAGUGUCCAGUUAACCCUGGAAGAGUUGGAGAGUACCCUGCCUCUGUGCUGCAGGGCUCUGGCCAAUCACAACUGAGCUCACUUUAUGGUGCUAUUGGGUGCGGGUAAUUUUUCCACUCACUAUUGAAGUGGGUGAAGUGGUUUUAACGCAUAGGGUUAAAGUGAAGUGGAUCAGUAACAAGACAUUUCUGUCGCGGGGAGGAAUGACAACAGAACCUUUUGCGUAAAGUUUAAGCGCUUUCACCGCGUAUCCAGACUGUAGAGGCCAAUUUGAAGUUCACCAGGAGAAGUUUAGGAUAAAAUCUUAAAAUCAAUUUAGAAAAACAUUGGUGCGGUUUCACACUAAUAAAUAUAAGCCAUUCAUUGGACACGUCUUGGGACAGGAUGACUACCACCAUGGAGAAAUCCAAAAACUUUCGCAUUGACGCACUGCUGGCGCACGACGUGGAGCAGAAGACGGACAGCGACGCUGCGUCCCCCGGGUUUUACUACAGCAGGAGCCCCGGUGAUAGUCCGGUGUCGAACCGCGGCUCGGAGACGCCCUCCCCUCAUCCAAACACUACGAGCUCCUCUCCAGCCCCGCCGGGAGGCUUAUCCAAGUCCCAUCUCCUCAACCUGUCCCACUCAGGGUUCACUGCUCUGCAUCAAGUGGGUCUCAUCGGAAUGCACCCAGGCUCCAUGUAUCCUCUGGCGGCCCUCGGAGGCCAGAACCCCGCCUUCAUGUAUCCCGGCUUCACGCAGCUGGUCCAGCCAUACCCGGAGCAGAUGAAGGGGGCCACCAUGGCCGGAGCGCUGCCCGUGGAGCCCUGGAUCAGAGCCGGGGUGAUGAUGCCAAGACUCGGAGAGUAUGGAGCACCAGCUCAGGCAGGUUUGCUGGGAAAGUGUCGGAGGCCCAGGACAGCAUUCACCAGUCAGCAGCUGCUGGAACUGGAAAACCAGUUUAAGCUCAACAAGUACCUGUCCAGGCCUAAACGCUUUGAGGUGGCCACUUCUCUCAUGCUGACUGAGACUCAGGUAAAGAUCUGGUUCCAGAACAGACGCAUGAAGUGGAAGAGAAGUCGCAAAGCCAAAGAACAAGUAACCCCAACCUCCCUGACAGACACAGAAAGAACCGGGAUGGACAUACAGAGCAUGAAGCCUCAUGGUGGCUCUCACAGGUCGAGCAUGGAGGAUGAUGAUGAGAUUGAAGGGGAGGAUGAGGAUGAGAAAGAGGAGAUAGAGGUGCUGAGGGAAGGCUCCAUCAGCUUCACACGACAUGCAGGAAGAGGAACAGGGAACUACAGCUCUUACUCUGAGGAGGAGCUAGAGGAGGGAGACCGAGGAACACGGAGUGGGGUUUUCCCACAGUGAUAAACUUGAGCAUGCUUUUAUUAUAUGUCUUUUUUAUGUUUAUUGCUAUUGAAAUGACUUGGUGGCAUGAUGAGGAUCUUUCUUUUUUCAUGACCCAAUUCUUAGUCCCAUAUCUCUACCUGGACCUUCCACAUAAGCAGAGGAUGUUGAUUUCUGCACACUUGAUUAGGUAUGAUUAUUGCAUUAAACCAGGAUAGUCUUUAUGUACCUGGACAUUUAAUGGUUUAAUAGCCAGCAAUCCAUUCAUGAGUUAAGACUUCAAAAUCAACGAAUAGCUCCGGCUUAUAAUAUUUAACUGUAUGAUUACUAGUGAUUUAAAAAGUAUAGCAAUGUAAAGCCUGUGUCCCUGUUCGGUCACUGGCAAUACGACGAUUUAUUUAUAAAUGUACUUAGACUGUAUGAAUGGUUGGUAAUAGCACUUUCAAGGAAAAUAUCUUGAA